GAAUCAGUCGAGAAGCGCGUAAGCAGUUCGCGCACGCGCUCUCGAGCUCUAUCGUGUAUUUAUGAGCUUUUGCGGUUUGCGCGCGAAAAUAGUUCUUCCGACAUCUUUAAAUUCGCGCAGGUAACAUGGCUUUACCGGCCAUGUGUACGCGCGGCCUGCUGUUGCUGUCUUUUGUACUUACCUCAUAUGCACUCACUUUGGACGAAGAGGCAACAAACAACUUGGUAGCUGUUGCUGGUUCCAUACCUGAGUAUGGCGAGGUUGCGAUUCUAGUCAGAGGACCACACGGUCUUAGUGCCAGACGAGAACAACUGUUGCAUGCAAAAGGCGCGGAAGAUGACGCCAUAUCACUCUAUUAUAAUAAAAAGACUAAUAAAGUGUCCUUGGAGAGCCUUAAUGGUGGCCACCUUAAGUCGGUAUCAUGGGGUCUCGGCUCCCAUCCUCGAGGCACACUGAUUUUGGUAGCAGCUGAAAACAGAGUCAAGCUAUAUGUCGGCUGCCAACCCUUGCACUGGCACGCUAUCCCCAGCAAACACGAUUUGAUGACGUUAUUCCGUAAUCUAAAAUUAAAAUUAUAUCACGAAGAAAAUGCACCAGUAGAAAUCUACAGCAGUGAACGCGCAGCACUAGAUUCAUUAAGCUGCAGUAUGAAGAAAGAUUAUAUAAAACCACCAUCAUUGCUUACCGUCGAUGAAUCUGACGUGGAGGAAGUUAAAGACUUCAUAGAGAAGACUGCUAGAGGUAAAAGGGAAGAAGAGAUGCAGGGAGAUGAUUAUAGAAAUAACAAUUAUAUUGAUCCUAAUGGAGUACUACCGCAGCCUAAUGCUCCUAAUGAUCAGAGAGGAGAUAUACCUUCCAGUGUGAUAGAAACUUGUGAUGAUGAGGUUGUAAAGCAACUGCAAUUGUUAAGACAGACCAUAGAUCAUCUCAGGCGGGAGGUCCAAGAGCAAAAAGGCGUUAUAGACAACUUGAGAGGCCAACUCCGCAGUUGCUGUACCAAUGUGCAUCCUCAGCCGCAAGUUGAGCGGUGCUCAGACUCCACGUGUUACUCGGGUGUGCAAUGCCGUAACACGGCGUCUGGUCCGGAGUGCGGUUCGUGUCCGAGCGGAAUGGAGGGUGACGGUCGUCGCUGCAGGCCGAUUCAGUGUGACAGGAGACCAUGCUCUAGAGCGGAGUAUUGUAUAGACACUGAGGAAGGAUAUCGCUGUCAGAGAUGCCCUGGAAGGCAAACUAGUGAUGGACAGACGUGUCUCUCCGCUUGUAGCUCCAAUCCUUGCUUUAGAGGACAUGUGCAAUGUCAAGAUCUGCCAGACGGUGGUUACCGCUGCGGGCCGUGUCCGAGUGGUUACCACGGCAACGGAGAACAGUGCUACAGGCGCUCCUGCAGUCAGAUCUCAUGUUUUGAGGGAGUGGAAUGUGAGGAGUCACAAGAGGGUCCGCGGUGUGGAUCUUGUCCAAGUGGGUACAGCGGCGAUGGUCAACGGUGUGACCACGUGUGCGAUACACACAGACCAUGUGGCGAACGACCCUGUAAGCAGAUCUCAAGCAGCCCCUACUACGAGUGUGAAGAUUGCCCUGAAGGAUACAAAUGGCAUGACUACACGUGCGUGGACGUGGACGAGUGCGACCUGUACAGUCCGUGCGACGAGCUGGUGUCGUGUCGUAACGAGGAGGGUGGGUUCAGCUGCGGGCCGUGCCCGGCCGGGUACCGGGGCGCGGGGUGGCGGGGAGCGGGGUCGGACCGCCUGCGCGAGCGUUGCCGAGAUGUUGACGAGUGCGCCUCCAGUCGGGACCUCUGUGACCCGCACCGGCUGUGCGUCAACACGCCAGGUUCAUACACGUGCGUGCCAUGCAGUGGAAACUACUACAUGAACACUUCAAGACCCUGCUUCGAGCCACAGCCGCUGCGGUACUGCGACCCUGAGUACUGCCAGCGAUACAACGCCGUUUGCGGUUACGGACAGAAAUGCGUUUGUGCGACUGGUUGGGCGGGCAAUGGAACAGUCUGCGGCCCGGACCGAGACUUGGACGGUUAUCCGGAUCAACAGUUGCGGUGCUACGAGACUCACUGCAAGGCGGAUAAUUGUCCGGAAGUGUCCAAUUCCGGACAAGAGGACGCAGAUGGUGAUGGCUUGGGCGACUCCUGUGAUCCGGAUGCUGAUGGCGACGAGAUUCCUAAUCACCCGGAUAAUUGUCCCCUGGUGGCAAACCCUGACCAAUUGGACCGCGAUGACGACAAAAGUGAUAGACGCGGCGACGUGUGUGACAACUGUCCAAGGAAGUACAACCCCGACCAGCUGGACACGGACGGGGAUGGGCUGGGCGAUGUAUGCGAUCCUGAUAUGGACAAUGAUGGAAUAUCGAAUGAGCGAGACAACUGUCCUCGUGCGUACAACCCGCGACAGGAGGACACGGACGGCGACAGCGCCGGCGACGCGUGCGACAACUGCCCGCGCGUGCCCAACGUGCAGCAGACCGACACCGACAACGACGGCGUCGGGGACGCCUGCGACAGCGACCUCGACCGCGACCUUGACGGCAUCCAAGACGGCAUGGACAACUGUCCGACGGUGCCGAACAGUGACCAGCAUAACGUGGAUGGUGAUGAAUUGGGCGACGCGUGUGAUGAUGACGAUGAUGGUGAUGGUAUCCCGGACUCGCAGGACAACUGCCCGCUCGUCCCCAAUACUGACCAGACGGAUUCCAACAAUGAUUUCAUCGGCGACGCUUGCGCGGAUGACUAUGAUGGUGAUAAAGUUAUAAACGAACUGGACAACUGCCCCAACAAUUCCCUUAUACACCGCACCGAUUUCAGAAAAUACAUGACUGUACGCCUGGAUCCUGAGGGUGAAUCUCAACAGGACCCAAAUUGGGGAGUUGGAAACGAAGGCGCUGAGAUCCUUCAGACCUUGAACUCUGAUCCUGGAUUAGCGGUUGGAUUCGAAUACUUCGGUGGUAUAGACUUCGAGGGAACACUGUUCGUUGAUACUCAGAUCGACGAUGAUUACGUUGGAUUCAUUUUCGGCUACCAGAACAAUAAGCGGUUCUACGUCGUGAUGUGGAAGAAGAACUCGCAGACGUACUGGCAGACAACGCCGUUCCGGGCCGUCGCCGAGCCUGGCAUACAACUCAAGCUAGUCAACUCCAAGACAGGCCCCGGGAAAACAUUGAGAAAUGCUCUUUGGAACACUGAAUCUACACCGGACCAGGUGACUCUUCUAUGGAAGGACCCACGCAAUGUAGGUUGGAAGGAGAAGACAGCGUACCGCUGGCGGUUGCUCCACCGUCCCAAGAUCGGUCUCAUCCGGCUGAAGGUGUACGAAAACAACCGGCUGGUUGCCGAUUCCCGUAACGUGUACGACUUCACUCUGCGAGGUGGCAGACUGGGGGUGUUCUGUUUCUCACAGGAAAUGAUUAUCUGGUCCAACUUGGUCUACAGGUGUAAUGAUAAAAUCCCAUCAAACAUUGUGUCCGAGAUACCAGAUCAGCUUCUCAAGAAAUUAGAAGUGGAUCACGAUUUUUAUUACGCUUAAAUAUAGUUAAUAUAGUUUUAUAUAUCAUUAUUAAAGUUGUAAAUUAAUAAUAAAAUAAGGAAUAAACGUAUUUGAAUGACCAGUGCAUUUUGUUACAUAUAGUUUAUAUUUGAAAGAUAGAGAUGAAAUAUUUUAAUAGUAAAGCUGUAUUAGUUAGGUGCGAUUGAAUAAGAUGGAUAAACAGUAGAUUACUAAUAGUAUAUAGAAUAUAUUAUUAUUGUUUAAAAUUAAAAAAUGUUCAUUGUGAUUAUUUAUAAUGUAUCACUUUUAUUGUACACUGCGUGCACUUCAGCAUGCUGUGUAUAACAAUUGACAUUUUAUCACUUUCAAACUACGUAAUGUAACUACCAUUUGACAUUGUCUCACACGCACUUCGUAUUCAACAAUCAAUUCUUUCUUUUUAAUUUAAAAUACUUUUUCAUUGAUGUUAUAGUGAUUUGUAUGCUCGUCACCCAAUAUUAUGUUUGACACUUGGCGUAUGGUAAUAUAAUAUUAGUUGAAUAAUAAUUGUGUGAAAGGCCUGAAUUUUGUUGUAAUAUACUUUAU